UCACUAUCACUGUCAAAUUGUAACAGUGACGUUAGAGCUAUCGAUUGUUGUUUAUUUAUAUAGGUACAUAGUAGAAACAAGAAUUAAUCCUUUUUUAGUAUUGUAGAAAUUAAUUACAAUACCCUUAUUGUAUUGUGUAGUAUUACAAAAAACUUUAAAUAUGAUGUGGGAUUCGUCAACGUUUUUAGGUGCCUUGACACCUAAAUUUUAUGUAGCUUUGACCGGUACUUCAUCCCUCAUCUCCGGCCUUAUAUUGAUAUUCGAGUGGUGGUAUUUUCGCAAAUAUGGCACCUCAUUUAUCGAACAGGUGUCGCUGACGCACCUGGGCCCGUGGCUGGGCGGCUCGGGGGCGGGCGCCGAGCCGGAGGGCGAGUGCAAGGUGUGGCGCAACCCCAUGUCGCUGUUGCGCGGCGCCGAGUACGGGCGCCUGUGGAGCGCCGCGCGCCGCGCGCCCCUCACCUACUACGACAUGAACCUCUCCGCUCAGGAGCACCAGGCGUGGUUCGGAGGCGGCGGCGGCUUGGGCAGCGCGGACGAGGCGCUGGCGCGCGCCUGGCGCGAGCGCGAGCCCGCCGCCAGGGUGGCGUGCGCCCGCGCCGCGCUGGCGCUGCGGCCCGACUGCGCGGCGGCGCUGCUGCUGCUGGCCGAGGAGGACGCGCCCACCGUGCUCGAGGCGGAGCGCGUGCUGCGGCGCGCGUGGCGCGCGGGCGAGGCGGCGUGGCGCGCGCUGGCGGCGGCGGGCGCGGGGAGCGCGGCGCGGCGCGAGGCGGCCGUGCUGGCGCACGUCAAGCGCCGCGCCGCCAUGUGCGCGCGCCGCCUCGGCCGCCUGCGCGACGCCGCGCGCCUGUUCCGCGAGCUGGCGCGCGACGCGCCGCCCGCGCUGCACUCGCUGGCGCUGCACGAGAACCUCAUCGAGGUGCUGCUGGAGCAGCGCGCCUACGCCGACGUGCAGGCGGCGCUGGCGCGCCACGACGACGCCGGCCUGCCGCGCUCCGCCGCCGUCUGCUACACGGCGGCGCUGCUGCGCGCGCGCGCCGCGAGCUCGGCGGCGGGCGCGGCGGCGCGCGCGCACGCCGAGGCCGCCGCGCUCGAGGCGAUCCGGCGCGCCAUCGAGUUCAACCCGCACGUGCCCGAGUACCUGCUGGAGCUGCGGCCGCUGACGCUGCCGCCGGAGCACGUGCUGCGGCGCGGCGACAGCGAGGCGGUGGCGUACGCGUUCUGGCACCUGCGGCACUGGCGCGCGGCCGAGGGCGCGCUGCGCCUGCUGGGCGCGGCGUGGGCGGGCGGCGCGGCGGCGGGCGCGGCGGGCUGCCCGCAGUGCGCGGACCGCGAGCUGCUGCCGGCGCACCACGCGCUGUCCGUGUUCCCGCGGCGGCGCGCGCCGGCGCUGCUGCCGCUGGCCGCGGCGCUGUGCGCGGGCACGGCGCUGCUGGCGCUGCUGGCGCACCGCUGGCCCGCCGCGGCGGCGCAGGCGGCGCGCGCGGCGGCGCAGGCGCUGGAUCCGCGCCCGCUGCUGCGCCUGCUGUGA